UUUAAAAGAAAAAGAAGAAAUGGGCAGUGACUUGGGAAACGUGCUAUUAGAAACUAAUAUGCGAUCGGAUUGUUCUUCACCAUCAGAUCGGCCACCUGAUUUUACUCGUACAGGAAAUGAAAUUGAAAUGGAAGAUGCUCUUAUUCCUUUCUUCAAACGGCGAAAAAAACCCUCAAUUGGUGGGAAGCUAAGCUAGUUGUGACGAUGAUGAAUUUUUAAAUUCUUUUUUUGCGGAUUCAGAUGAGGAUGUAUCCGAGGGUUCAGAUGAAACUCAAGAUACGUCGGCUGUGAAUGAUUCAUCUAUUAUUUUGAAGAGUAUUCCUGUAAUUGAAUUAGAUAAAUCUACUAGAGACCGCAUCAGACAUCCAUGGCGGCGAUGUUUAAUUGGAAAGGUAAUGGGUAAAACAGUUGGCUUCAAGGUUAUUCAAGAUCGAAUUCAAGCUCUUUGGAAACCAAUUGGGUCUAUUCAGAUUCUAAAUCUUGGACGUGACUUUUUCUUAUUCAAAUUCUCAAAUGAAUCUGAUUUGAAAACAGCUUUGCUUAAAGGACCUUGGUUCAUCAAUGGCCACUACUUCUCAUUGAUUCGCUGGUCACCUGAUUUCAAACCUACAGAGGUAAGUUUCCGUAAAACCAUUUUAUGGGUUCGUCUUCCGGGCCUCCCGAUUGAAUAUUUUGAUAAAGGAGUUUUAUAUCAAAUUGGCAAUUCAAUUGGUAGAACGGUUAAGAUGGAUACCACCACAGAAAAUAUAUUUCGGGGUCGUUUUGCUCGCAUUUUUGUGGAGAUAGAUUUACAAAAAUCACUUUUACCUGCUAUUCGGAUUGGAAAAUUAGUUCAACUGAUUGAAUGUGAAGGAAUUGCUACCAUCUGUUUUAAUUGUGGUCGUGCCAAUCAUAAAGCUGAAAACUGUAAUCAACAACAACCUUCAUCGACCCCUAAUUAUCCGAAUUCUGCUCAAUCUGCUGCUGAACAUAGUGCUCCGUCUUCAAUUCCAGAUGGAUAUGGUCCUUGGAUGCUGGUAGAUAGGAAACGUCGGCAGAAACCUUCGUCUCAAACCCAGAAAAACUUCUCCGGUCAGGGUUUACGGUUUAAUGUUCUACGAAAAUCCUCAGCAAAUGAACCGACUUCUACAUCAGAUUUGCGUGAUGAUAAGGCAUCGACUAGAUUGACUCAAGAUCCUCCUUCUACUUCAACACCACAAGCUCCUCCUUCUACUUCAACACCACCCGAAUGCUCAUCUGAUGAUAAACCAGCAGAUCUGCCCUUCUAUUUUAAUUCAGUAAAAUCAACCACCUCUUCAGUUUUAAAUGGUAAAUACCAAUCCAAUGGCAAACCCCUUUUUAGACACUUACAAAUGUCUCUCUCUGGAAAUAAGUAUGGCAAAGAAUAUAGAGAAGAAGGAAAUACCUCAAAAGAUAAGAGACGGGAGACUCGAGACAUACAACCUUGUAAUUCAACCUUGGGUAAUGCUCAAUCUCCACAAAGAAUUGAGACAAUGCAAACUAAAGUGCGACAUAAAGAGUUGGCACGCCGACAACGUAAUCGUAAUCCUUCACAACCAACUAAUGGAAGCAUCAAUCUUAUUAAGCGGGCCAAACGGACUGUGGAGGAUAGAGACGGAGUUGGUCUUACCUCACCUUGGAUUCACAAAACAACAAGUCUUCAUGAAAACAGUAUAAACCAAUCUGACCACAGUGGAAGCAAUUCAGGGCAAAUAGAAAAAUGUACAGACUCAUCAUCUACAGCCAAAGAAUCUCUCUGCCAUAGAGAUGGAACCUUUUUACCCAACUCUGUUCCCCAUGAAGAUAGUGUCGUGGAACUGUAGGGGGGCUGGUAAGCCUUCUUUUGUUAUGGUAGCUAAGGAUCUUAUUCGCACUCAUAGACCUAAUAUUUGUGCAAUUUUUGAAACUCAUCUUAGUGAGUCUAAUUCCUUAAAAGUGGUUCGUCGAUUGGGUUACUCUAAUUGGUUUUGUGUGGAAUCUGCUGGUUUAUCGGGUGGGAUUUGGUUAUUGUGGAACGAGGCAGAUAUUGUUGUGGAGGCUACCGCUGUUAGUAGAUCAGCUAUCCAUGCCGUCAUUACACCAAAGUUUGGGGAACCUUGGAUUCUUUCCUCUGUAUAUGUCAGUCCUCAUUCCCCAUCUCGCAAAAAAUCAUGGGAUGAAAUGAAACUUGUAGCUGAUAUGGAUUCUCCUUAUGCUGCAAUUGGGGACUUCAACGCUAUAACCUCCCCUCAGGAGAAAAAGGGUGGUCAAAUUCCCUCUUAUUCUCAGUUGAAUGAUUUUAUUUCCAUGAUUAGUUAUUGUGGUUUGAUUGAUGUCAAUGCAGCUGGCCCAAAAUACACCUGGACCAACAAGCAAACAAAUGGACAGAAUAUUCAAGAACGGCUGGACAGAACUCUUGUAAACGAAAAGUGGCGCAUGCAAUUCCCUGAAGCUAAGGUGGAUAAGCGAGUAUGGGCGGAGGAUCCUACUGGGCAGGUGACCAUUAAGUCAGCCUACCAGAUUAUUAGUCGAGAUAAUAUUGGUGUCUCUGAACAUCAAAAACUCUGGAGAAAGUUGUGGAAGCUCAAAUGCCCUUCCCAUAUCAAGCAUUUUCUUUGGUUGUUAGCUCAUAAGAGAGUCUUAGUUCGCGUUGUCCUUCGAAGGAGGGGAUUAAACAUUUUAGAAUCUUGUCCACUUUGUGCUCAACAACCAGAGACAGUUGAUCAUCUAUUUGCGGAAUGUCACUUGGUUUGAACUUUAUGGUCUUCACUUACCUCGAGUUGGGGUUUUCAGCUGCCUUCCUCAUAUGUUGACAUCAAGUGGGUAAUCAGUAUGUGCCAAUACCAUCCACGAGGUAUGAGGCAUUUAGGUCAAACGAUAAUACCUUUUCUUCUAUGGCAUAUCUGGAUUGCUAGAAAUCAAACAGUUUUUCAUAAUCAGCCUUUCAAUACUGAACAAGUUGUCCAUUUGGCGUUUUCUCAAGCCUCUGAAUUUGCUGCUGUCACCUCUACAACUAAUCGUAUUCCCCUCUCAGUUCAAUACUAUGGUUGGACCUUUCCCUCACCGGGUUACCACAAACUUAAUACGGAUGGUGCGGCAAAUUUAUCUCACGAUGCAGGUAUAGGUGGAGUUAUCAGAUCUGAUCAGGGAGCGUUUGUUGCAGACUUCUUCAAACACAUCUUUAAGAACGGCAGUAAUAUGGCUGAACUGGUUGCUAUUAAGGAGGGUUUGCAACUAGCCCUUUCCUUGGGUAUUCGUAAGAUUGAGGUUGUCAGUGACUCGACAUAUAUAGUUUGCCUAGUGAACAAUCAGUCUAUUGUUCCUUGGUACUUUGUAAACCUUUUAAAGGAUAUUAGAUAUCUUGUUUCUCUUUUUGACCAUGUAUCCUUCUGUCAGGAGUAUCGCGAAGGUAAUUUUGCAGCCGACAAGCUGGCUAAAUAUGUUGUCUAUCCAAAUGUAAAUCAGCUGGCUAAAUAUGUUGUCUAUCCAAAUGUAAAUCAGCGAUGGGUUUCUAGUCCACCUAGAUUUUUGAAUUAUGUUCUAGCUGAUGAUGUAAUGGGGAGAGCUUUUCCCCGUACUGUGAAGCUCGUGUAGUUUUCGAUUAAUAAAUUACUCUUACAAAAAAAAAAAAAAAA